UCUCUCUCUCUACCUUAUAGUAUCUUCCACUUUGAGGUAGCUAGAGGGUCCGUUAAGUUGUAUAAUAUAAUGAGAAAACCUAGCUGUGACAUCAACAAGAACAAAGGAACUUGGUCCCAAGAAGAAGACCAGAAACUCAUAGAUUAUAUUAACAAACACGGUGAGGUUUGUUGGAGUACACUCCCUCAAGCUGCAGGUUUACUUCGAUGUGGUAAAAGUUGUCGGCUGAGAUGGAUGAAUUAUCUAAGACCAGACCUUAAAAGAGGCAACUUUGCUGAAGAUGAAGAAGAUCUCAUCAUCAAACUUCAUGCACUUCUAGGCAACAGGUGGUCACUAAUUGCUGGGAGAUUGCCUGGACGUACUGAUAAUGAAGUGAAGAAUUAUUGGAACUCUCAUAUAAGAAAGAAGUUUAUUAGUAAGGGUAUUGAUCAAAGUAAUCAUGGUUUAAACCAUAAAAUUCUUCCCCUUCAACACUCACUCAUGUCUACUAGUUCAAAAUUUUCUGGCUUGAAAGAGAUUAGCAAGAAUAAGGCUCAAGUUGAGAAUUAUGGCGAAGUCUCAAAUGCUUCAAGUGGUGAAGUUAUUGAAUCAUGUGCCCUAUUGGAUAUGAACCUUGAACUCUCCCUAUGAGUGUUGCUUCUUAUCCUAUAGUGUAAUGUUGAUGAAAAUAAACAAAUUGAUUGUGAAUUUAAACCGUUGACCAAACUUAUUAUGCUUCACACCUUCAUAAAAUGCAUCAGCUCAAAGGUUUAGAUGUUAGAAUUUGUCAAAUAUCUUAAAUGAAAUUCUAUCAAGAAAGAAGAAUUAAU